AAAGAGGGUGAGGGGAAGACAGUUCCAGAUGGCACAAACGUGAAGCUGCAGUCGGGAAGGGGUUAUCUGGAGCUCUCAAACUUCUGAAAGAUCGAGGGUCACUCAAGGAAGCAAUCGAAUGGGGCGGUCGAAACAUGGGCAAGAAAAAAAGUAAUCUUGUGGGUAUUAUGGAUGAGGAAGGGCCUAAAGAAAUACGCAUCGAAAGGACUGAUGAGUAUGGUCGGAAUUUGACUCCAAAAGAGUCGUUUAGGCGGCUGUCCCAUGCAUUCCAUGGAAAGGGACCUGGCAAACCAUUGCAAUCGAAACAAGAAAAACGCAUGCGGAAAAAUCUGCAAGAGAUAAAGAUUAAACAAAUGAGGAAUUCAGACAAACCAUUGCAGUCGGUGGAGAGAAUGAGGGAAGCUCAAGAAAAGCUAAAGACACCUUAUUUGGUUCUAAGUGGGGAUGUUAAACCAGGUCAAACUAGAGAUCCCAGAAGUGGUUUUGCUACUAUUGAGAAGGACUUUCCUGGAAGGUUAACACCCAUGCUUGGUAAUGAAAAGGUUGAACACUUCUUGGGCAUAAAGAGGAAACCUGACUCUGCCUUGCAAAAGAAACCCAGAUACUGAUUGGCUACUUUUUGGCUAAUCUCUACAUUCUCAAGGUGAAAGUUGUCCUCAUUCUUGUCCUAAGCUCAGAUGUUUUAUCUGAGACUGGUCUAUAACAUCUGAUUGUAUGAUCACUUGAAAAAGUGCGUUUGGAGCUGCAUGUUUGUGUGUGUCUCAGUAGCUAUUUGUUCAUGUAAGUUUUAUUUUCACUUGAUAAUUUUUGUUCCUACUUUGCUGAUUUUAUAAUUGAUACGUUUAACAGUUUAGCUAUUGUUGUUGUCUCAUACUAAAAUCUUAUAAUACGUUUAAGAUUAGGACUUCUGUGUACUUAUAAAAUAAGGAGUAUGUGCCACCACCUACCAACUACAAGUUCAGGUCGAUAGCUAUGUGAUAGAGAAUAUUCCUCCAGACACAUCUCCUCCGGAUAUAAGUUCUUAUUCAGAUCUGAAUAUACAGAAAAUAUCAACACACUCACAAUUUCGGAGUAGAAUAAUUGAGAGGAAACACAUCUGGUCCCACACCUUACCAUGUACUCAUAUCAAUAUGACAUGUGAGUGAGUGAGGAGACUUCCUGAUUGAUAUCCACUUGCACAUAUUUGACUAUUUAAUGACUAGCCACUCAAUGAAGAAGGGUGAGAAUUUCCUAGCUACAACCUCAUUUCCUACGAGACAUCACCCCCAUCUCUCUCCUCUCAUACGCAUGUAUAUUUCUUCUUCCUAGUUUAUUUUUCCAUCAAUGGCUUCCCUAAAAGCUUCAUAUAUGCUUUGUACAUGUAACCUCUCCCACACAACGAUAAUAAAAGCUCCCGGCUCCCGUUGGCAUGGUACCGCCCAAAAAGGCCCGUGGUUUUCACCGAUUUGGUUUCCACGAUAAAAUACUCUGUCCGCUCUAAUUUCUUUAUUUACUCGAUCGGGACAAUUAGUUCCAUCACUAUGUAUUUAUGUAUGUGAAAUCUAUAGUAUCACCUGAAAUGAGAAGUUAACUUCAAAUUUUAGAAGAAUACAAUCUGGAUUGAUCUACUGAAUUGGAUAAAUAAGUCUGGUCUUCUCUGAGUAUAAUACGCCCUACAUUCACCAAACUUGUAAAACAGUUCUUCAUUUUGGAAAUGCUUUUAAUAAGAGUAACUAUGCCUGCCAUGAAGAACAGAUGAUCCUCCCCUUUUUGAAUCUUAGAUGAUUAGAUCUAAUAGACUCAAUAAGAUCUUCAAAGUCAGUAGCCUUUAAACCGUUUUACCGAGGAGUUCUCGUAUAGGAAUCUCUGUUUACAAAGUUAGAUGUCUGACCUAAACUUUUUAAUUUUUUAAACGUGAUUAGAAUGUGCUACCGCCUACCACAUCCCAUAGCACAUAAAAUGAAAUAAUUUUCUUUCAUUAAAGAGUAAUAUGGUUUAUAAGUGUCAUGAUUACUUAUUUAGUACUACCUCCGUCCCGCUUUACUUAUCUAAACAAUUACGGAGUACUUAUUUAGUCAAAACCAGAAGUGGUUUAUAAGUCCCGAUUGUCCCAUUUUACUAUUUCGGUCCGUCCCACACCUUAUUUGGUAAAGUUUGUGUGACUCUAAAUCAUUCUUACUUUAUUCUUACUUUAUCAAUUCAAUAUCAACCACAUAAUCCACUUUUUAUAGAUUUGCGUGCCACCCCCUCUUGUCCGAUUGUUAGUGGGACGGAGGGAGUAUAACUAAAAGACGUGGAAAUGAGGAUAAAGCAACAAUAUGAGAUGAAAAUUUGGUUUUAAGUAUUAUUAUGUACUUGCCUAAUAAACAUAAUUACAUGACCUCAACAACAAACCCCUCUGGAGUGUUGCUAGACAAUAAGUUAUAACCCCUCUGGACACGUGUCUACACUAAACCCAAACUAGUCUUGUUUCAUUUAAAUUCUAACAUAUACUCCCUAUUAAGGCAUUCUACGUGUUGUUAAAACUUACCCAUACUUCUGCACAAAGAAUCAGAUGGGUAACCAAGGAAAAAAUAAGACAAAUAAACAAGUAGUGGAGAUAAAUGAUGAUGAAGAAGAGAAAGACCUUAAGGAUUUUGAUAGUGAUGAUAGAAGGGAUGACGGUGAGAAGGCUAUAAGAUAUAAAUAUAUACUUAUUCUUCCAAAGAGUUUCAAAUCGUCAUAUAUGUGAUAUGUCUGUUUUGUGUAUAAAUUCUCAUUUUGAAUUAUCAUGUUUAAUGACGUGAUCAUAUAUAUGUUCGUGUUUGAGACUUUUUGGACUUUUAUUAUGCAUAUCUAUUGUUGGUUAUUACUAGUUUAACUAUUUUCAGUUUUACUUGUUGGUAAAUUUUGAGGCUAACGCCUCGCCUCUCUCGAACAACCCGCCUAGAUACUCGAACUAGCUUUUUUAAACUUUGAUUAUUGUAGCCAUGUCUUAUGGAGUAAUGCAUUUCCUAUAUACAGUCAUAACUAUGGUUUAGUGACUUUAGUCCAAGAAUCGAUUGGCAGGAUGGAGAAGAUCCUCCUUGGAUUUUUCUAUGCAGGUAAUAAUAAUGCAUUUGAUAAAACUCUAAUGCACAUUUCUCUAGGUUUUAAAAUUUAAUGAUAGGUAACAACAGAAUUGUAGAAAUACAGAAAUUAUGGAAUUAAAUGGAUCCACACAGCCAAAAGUAAAUCUCGGAUCACAUUAUGAAAAACCAGAAUUACAGUAGAAAGGAAGAAGACAGACUAGGCAAUUCGAGAGUGUCUUGCUCUCCAAGUUCUGACCCACUAACAGCCUACCUCCUCUCUCCUCUUCGUUCUUUUUAUUCCCUCUUCCCCUUACUAACCAUCCACCUCAGCCACUAAUUAGUUAUUCUACCCCUGCUUGUGUACACCCCUUAGAAGCCUCCGAAGUCCUAUCACUCCCCCCCCCUUUAAAAUCACCUUGCCCUCGAGGUGGAAGUCAGGGAAUUGCUUCUGGAAUUGAUGUCAGUCUUCCCAGGAAUCUUCAAAUGCUGGUAAUUGUCUCCAAUGCACCAAGAUCUCUUUAUUUCCUCCCGGAGUUAUUCUGCAUUCAAUCACUUCCUCCAGUUGAACUUGUGGUUUCCAAUCCUCAGUCAAACAAGCUGGAAGAGGUUGCACAGGGGGUGCUGGGAUUUAGGGCCUUCUUUAAAAGAGAUAUACGAAGUAUGAAAGACAGGACACACCUUACUACUUUCUGGUAGAUUCAACUUGUAGGCCACCUGAUUGAUUUUCUCAACCACCUCAAAAGGUCCAUAAUACCUGGGGCUCAGCUUUUGAUUGAGUUUCAUAGCUAAAUCUUACUGUUUAUAAGGCUGAAUCCUUGGGAAAACCUUAUUCCCUACUUCCACCUGGCUAUCCUUCCUCUUCUUGUUAGCCUAUUGUUUCAUUUGAUUCUGAGUUUUGGCUAGAUUACCCUUUAACUCUUCCAGCAUCAUGUUCCUCUCAACAAUCUGGUCACCUCAUCUACAGCAGUCAAAGCAGCAUCUCCCUUUAUUAACGCAGGUCACAGGUAGUUCUUGUCCAUAUAAUGCUUUGUAGGGAGUAGUUUUCAAGGAAGCAUGAAAGUUGGUAUUAUACCGUAUUCUGCCCAAGGAAGCCAUUUAGGCCACUGCUUGGGCUUGCUUCCAUUAGUACACCUCAAAUAGGUUUCCACACGCCUAUUCACUACCUCAGUCUGCCACUCUGCCCAUCAAUUUGGGGGUGAUAAGUUGUGCACUUGUGUUGUACCUUGGUCUAGUUCAUGCUAAUUGAAAUAGUUCAGACUAGAACGUACUCACUAUUUAGAAAGAUGUUAUCUCUGUCUGAUACUAUCAUCAUCAUCAUUACCCCCGCAGAGGUUCCCGCCUACAGUGGGGUAAGGGAGGGUCGAAUGUACGUAGCCUUAACCCUGUACUAUAGCACAGAGAGAUUGUUUCCGGAUGACCCAUGGUGUAAAUUGCGUAAAAUAUUGCUUGGACUGGCUCUUUCUUCAUAACAAAGAAGCGCAGACAGUUCAGUGAGCCAUUUUGCUUUAUUCCAUCAUAUUCUCAAGCCAAAGAAUAAUGAGUCUUUACUCCAUUGCAAAUUAUAGAAAUCUCUGUCUGAUACUAUGGACUUGGGAAGUGCAUGCAAUCUGACCACCUCUUGUAUGAAAAUCUCUGCAACUCCUUUAGCUGUAUGCCUGUAUAGGGAUGAGAUGGUGCAAUGAAAUGGGCAAGCUUGGUCAGUCUGUCCACUACCACUAGUUUUUCAUCUUUGCCCAUUUCCCUAGGUAGUCCACCACUCCACUCACAAAAUACAUGCUUAUGUCUAUCCAUAUUUAGGUAGGAAUGGGAAGUGGAUGGAGGAAUCCUGAAUGUAUAAUGAGGAAUAUAUGUUCAGAAGCUCUGGAUGACAUAAACAAAAUUAAGGCAACUCUUGGCCUUCUGUUCCUGGUACAAUGCUGAAGCCACACGUCAAGGUUAGUUAAUGUGGAAAUGGAAAAAGAGUACUCCAUCGGCUUGCUGACUUAUGACCAAGGAAGCUGCUGACUUUUGAAUGACAUAGGCGAAGUUCUACCUUCACUGGUACUGGUAUUUUCACCCGUGCAACAAAAUUUCCUAAUCAUUUAGGGAUUCCCACUUCCCCUUGAUUAUCUUUAUACUUUCCUUUUUAGUCCAUCUCAAAAUUAUCUUUCAUUCGGUUCAAAUAUUAAAAACCAGAUUCACCUUAUUAUUUUGAUGAUACAUCAGCAUUCAUGUAGGCACAUAUGGGAGUAUUGCAGUUGCUUACUUCAAAAUGUAAUUAACGUGGGAAUGGAAAAGGAGUACUCUAUCAGCUUGCUGACUUAAUGACCAAGGAAGCUGCUGUUUUUUGGAUGACAUUGGAUUUCUAUUUUCUACCUUCAUUGAUAUUCUGAAUGUGAACUUCUUAUUAACCAAAUCAUAUUUUAAAAGAAAUAGGUAUCAUUACUUAUUUACUUUCAUAAGAAAUCAGCAGAGCCCUUGCCAAGUACUCUGCAAGGCAAAUCAGG